AUGGCUACAGAGUACGAUAACGAGAACGGUCGCUACGACGACGAGCCCCGUUUCGCUCGCGACCGCAGCGCAUCUCCUCGCGAUGAGCCUCGUGCUGAUCGCACCCGUAGCCGUUCUCCCAACGGUCGCGUCGAUGACCGCGCCCCCAUUGAUCCCCGCAAGUCUCUCGAUGACGAAGAGGGUGCUAUCAACACUGGAUCCAACCUGUUCGUCACUGGUAUCCACCCCCGUCUGACCGAGUCGGAUAUUUCGCGUCUGUUCGAGAAGUACGGUGAUGUCGAAAACUGCUCGAUCAUGGUCGACCCCCACACCAAGGAGUCUCGUGGAUUCGGCUUCGUCAAGAUGGUCACUGCCGAGCAGGCCGAUGCCGCUAAGGAGGGUCUCCAGGGCGAGGUCAUCGAAGGUCGCACCCUGAGCAUUGAGAAGGCUCGUCGUAGCCGUCCCAGAACCCCGACCCCCGGAAAGUACUUCGGUCCUCCCAAGCGUGAUUUCCGUGGAGGUCACCGUGGCGGCCGUGGCGAUCGCUAUGACGAUCGUCGUGGUCCUUAUGGUGGUAGCUGGCGCCGUGGCGACGACUACCGCUAUGGCCGUUAUGACUCCUACAGCGACCGCCGCGACUAUGGUCGUGACUACCGUGACUACGGUGGCCGCCGUGACUACCGUGAUGACUAUGGAUACCGCGGUGGUGGCAGCAGCGGUGGCAUUGAUCGCUAUGCUUCCGGUGGCCGCGAGGACCGUUACAGCCGCGAGGACCGUCGUGACGAUCGCCGUGAAGAGCGUCGUGGCGGCAGCGGUGGUGGCUACUAUGACCGCGAUGCUAACCCGCCCAGCUACGGCUCCGCAGCUCCUGCUCGUGAUGCCUACGCCGGCGGCGGUGGCAGCAGCGGUGGCGGCGGCGGCGGCGGCCGUUCCUAUGAUCCCCGUGACGACCGUUACAGCACUAGGUAG